AUGACUAAAGGUGGUUUAUGUAAAUUACGUCAGAGUGCUAUACCAACAAAGGGUUUGCACAUUUUUUGCACAGAAGAUAGCAACGACAUUCAUGAUCCUCAAAAGCUGCAUAAACCACAACUGGGCGCGUCUUCUAAUGAAGUCUACGAGAAUACUAAUUUUACAGCUCUGACUAUAUCUCCAUCCCGACAGCAACAAACAAUAAAUGACAGCGAAGCACAUGCAUCAAGCAAACCUGUAUAUCAAGAGAGUGACAUGGACUUAGAAUCCGUUUUCGACACUCCUCGAAAGUCUGCACUACUGAGACAACUAGCCAAAAAGAUCUCUCUCCAAAUCAAACACAGUAAAAAAAUUAAGACAUUGCAACAAAAAGCACGUCGCUUAAAGAAAAAAAAUAUAUGUUUGCAAAAAAUCUUAGAAAACUUGGGAAAGAAAAGGUUUAUUGAUAAUGACGUCUCAAACAUUUUGUCAGAAAACGUGAGCGGUAUUCUAUAA